AUGGCUGUAAAGUUUGAGCCUUUUGAUGUUCCUGGAGCACAGGUUGUGUACAGUAAUGUAUUUCCCUAUGGUCUUCAAGUAAAGUCUGAGGAAGGAAAAUUAAAUCCUCCUGCUCUUGAAGAUUCCGUGGAAUCAAUCAAGACACUGUCUGCAUCAGGCCAUCUCUCCGAACUUCUCAAGAAGCAUGGAGCUGUUCUGUUCAAGGGAAUCGGGCACCCAGCCGCUGAGUCUUUUGCAAAAGUUAUCAACGCAGUAGAGAAAGCUCGUGGGUCAACACCAUUUGUUCAGAUUGGACUUGCGGGAAAGAGAACUAUAGUUGCAGAAAAUAUUUGGACGGCCAAUGAAGGUCCUCAAGAUCGUCGCUUUUACCAGCAUAACGAGUAUUCGAGAUAUACAAGAUUUCCUGCCAACAUCCACUUUUAUUGUGAGAAGAAAGCUCUUGAAGGAGGCGAAACCCCCAUCGCGCACAGUGCUUUAGUGUACGAGAAGCUCGAAGAGUCCGUCCCUGAACUCGUUCAGGAAAUCAAAAAAAGAGGACUAGCAAUGAAAAUGCUUUUCCGCGCUCCAGGCAAAGAAGGUAGAGGGAACGAGUUCAAUUGGGCCGGUGAAUUCAGCUUCGGACAGGAAUUCCUCCCUGGAGAUGAUCAAGCCACCAAAAAGGAGAAGGUAGAGAAACAAGUACGGAAGUUGACCGAUGACUUCCGCUGGACAGAGGACGGCAGUAUUGAGCUCACACAGCAUAUUCCAGGAAUUCGACGGGCAUCUGCAAAAGAUCCUCCAGUAUGGUUCAAUGGACUAGUUGGGCGAUUUGGCAUCACUCGCGAUAUCGGAGCAUUGGAUCCUCCCUAUAUUGGACGUGAUGGUAUGACCUACUUACCAUGUGAAUAUGGCGAUGGAACGCCUAUUCCCCGCGAACACCUAGAAAAGCUCGAGGAGACUAUUGAUAAGCUGGAAAUCAACCUGAGCCUCGAUGCAGGCGAUAUGUUGCUUGUCGACAACCUCCAGGUGUCUCACGGUCGCAAACCAUGGAAGGGCGACCGACGGAUUCUGGUAAGCAUGUGGGAAGGCGCUGAACCUACCCAAGCGUUCUGA